AUGCCGAUCUUCAAGAUACUAUCAUCCGAUCCGUACCAGCAUACGCGACAAAUCAUCAAUCAGGAACUUGCUCUCGACCCGCCCCGGGGUUUAAUAGUCGAGUUCACUGAUAAACUUUAUGGCCGCUUUAACCAUAUCGAGCGACUUCUAUCUCCGGCAAAGGCUGCAAGCAUGUUUAGUGAAACCUACAUACGCCAAAAGGAAGACUGUGGCCCGAAGGCUGUAUCCGCACCCGAAGCAAGGAAGCUUUCAAUGUCUGACUACAACAUUGUAGAGCAUGAGAAUCCGUCACCAAGAGAUGGACGGGGGCUCAUCACGGCGUUGACUGGCCACCUUGAAGUUCAUGGGAGAGUAUUCUGGACCCAGGGUAUUGGCAAUGGUGCAAUAGAUUGCUUGAAUGAGAUUCUGCACUCUAUUGGUCUUAUCAUCGAGGUACUUGAAUAUGAAACUUCUAUCAUUGGAUUUGAUUCUGCUAUCAAGUUAAGACGAUAUCGCGGCAUGUCGAGCGACAUGGUUGUCACCUAG